CAAAAGUAAAAAGUUGUCAAUCUAGUAGAAUAAUGGUAGGAAAGGUUAUUCUGCUGUCGGGAUAUGCAAUUUUCGUCUGUUUGUUUUGUAUUUAGUCUCUUUAUGUUUGUUUAAUGUUAUUUAUAAUUUAAAUCUAACAUGCAGAAUUAUUUGGUAAAGUUUUGUUGCACGUGCUCUAGUCCAAAGACUAGUAAUUAACCAUAAUGAAGAACGUGAUUGGACAUGGUGGCCUUCCCGUAUAUCUAUAUUCGCAAAGAAGUUGAGUCUUGAUCGACUACAACGCUGAACGAUGGAAACAACAGCAUCGUCCAAUCCGGACAGUGAAUGCAGGGAGGGAGAGAAGACUGAAAAUGGCGGCGGAGAAGAAGGAGAAGGAGGAGGAGGAGAAGAAGAAGGCUGUGAGGAGGGUGGCUCGGGAGUAGACGGAGCAGCGGAAAGCGAAGGAGAUGAAGAAGAGGCGGAAGUGGAGGUGAAGGUAGAAGACGAUAAAGAGCUGGAAGAAAACGAAAUUGUGGAGGAGAGUGAAGACAAAGUGGAACCCCUAGAACCUUCCCCGACAACAGAAGAACAGAUAAUAAGAGAAAAUUGUGAUGUAGAUGAUCAGGACGACGAUCAGGAAGAGGAGGAGGAGGAGGAGAGAGAGAAGGAUGAGGAAGAAGAGGAACAGACAUCGGAUGUGGAUGGAAUGGAAGAUUGUCGGAUGUCGGGUGAAGAGGAUACUGUUGAAAGAGAAGAAACUGGAGGAGAUGAAAAAAAGAAAACGGAGGAAGAAACAGGAGAUGGAGAUGGGAAAAAGAACACGGAAGAGGAAACAGGUGGUGGAGCAAAUGGAGAACAAUGUAUAAAGUCGAAGAAAAAUGGAUGCCUUGCGACGUAUGGGAGGAAAAGAAAAAGUGAAAAAGAUAAUCGAAAUGGACUGCCAUGCAAAAAGCUACUUUUCUCAGAAGAUAAGACUGGUUUAUUAAUGAGCUUGAAAAAGAAAUCCGGGGAGAGUGGCGCUUGCUUGGAUAAGGUGCGACUUCCACGCAGUGUGAUACCGUCCAAGGAUAAUCCUCCAGAAGAGAUCACCAAUUGGCUGGCACAGUUUCAGAGGUGGUCGAAUGCCGAAAGACUGCUUGCCAUAGAUCGAUUGAUAGAGCUUUGUGAGCCAACCCAGGUCAGGCACAUGAUGCAGCUAAUAGAGCCGCAGUUCCAAAGAGAUUUCAUUUCGUUACUUCCCAAAGAGCUGGCGCUGUACGUGUUAUCCUACCUGGAGCCGCGCGACUUGCUUCGCGCGGCACAAACCUGUCGCAGUUGGCGGUUCCUGGCCGAGGACAACCUGUUGUGGCGCGAGAAGUGUCGCGAGGCGGGCGUCGAUCGCGGCUGCGGUGACUCGAGACGCGCGGCUAGGGCGGCGGCAGCGUCGGCGGUGACGGGGAGACGCGGUGGCGGUGACGCGGCGGUGAUCAGUGCGGCGUCUGUGACGUCAUCGGUGACUGGAGGAGGUGGUGGGGGGAGAGCGAGCGGGUCGCCGUGGAAGGCCGCCUUCAUGCGGCAUCACACGAUUGAGAUGAACUGGAGGCAGCGACCGGUACGACCGCCUAAGGUGUUGAAAGGUCAUGACGACCACGUGAUCACGUGCCUGCAGUUCUCCGGCAACCGGAUUGUGUCGGGGUCGGACGACAACACGCUGAAGGUGUGGUCUGCGUUGACGGGCAAGUGUCUGCGCACGCUGGUCGGGCACACGGGCGGCGUCUGGUCGUCGCAGAUGGCCGGCUCGGUCGUGGUGUCGGGCAGCACCGAUCGCACCCUCAAAGUGUGGAACGCCGAGUCGGGACAAUGUCUGCACACGCUCUACGGACACACCAGCACCGUUCGGUGUAUGCAUCUGCAUGGCAAAAAGGUGGUUUCAGGCUCACGUGACGCGACACUGCGCGUGUGGCACAUAGAGAACGGCGAGUGCCUGCACGUGUUGGUCGGCCACCUGGCUGCUGUGAGGUGUGUGCAGUACGACGGUCGACUAGUUGUCAGCGGGGCUUACGACUACAUGGUCAAGGUGUGGAACCCCGAACGCGAGGAGUGUCUGCACACUCUCAGUGGACAUACCAAUCGGGUUUACUCGUUGCAGUUUGACGGCGUGCAUGUGGUGAGUGGAUCGCUGGACACGUCGAUUCGUGUGUGGGAGGUGGAGUCAGGUGCAUGUCGCCACACACUGAUGGGCCAUCAGUCGCUGACGUCAGGCAUGGAGUUGCGCAACAACAUACUCGUAUCUGGCAACGCCGACUCUACGGUCAAGGUCUGGGACAUUCUCACCGGCCAGUGCUUGCAGACGCUAUCUGGUGUGAACAAGCACCAGUCAGCGGUGACUUGCCUGCAGUUCAACAAUCGCUUUGUGAUCACGUCUUCCGACGACGGAACAGUCAAACUGUGGGAUGUCAAGACUGGUGACUUUAUCCGUAACCUGGUGUCCCUGGAGAGCGGUGGUAGCGGGGGGGUGGUGUGGCGGAUCCGCGCCAACGAGACCAAACUGGUGUGCGCGGUCGGCAGUCGCAACGGCACCGAGGAGACCAAGCUGCUAGUGCUCGACUUCGACGUCGAACAGUGAGGAGUAGCAACCACCGCCAACCGCCAACCGCCAUCGCCACCAAGGUUAAUAGAUGCACACUUCACAUUGCCAGCGUUCCUUAUCGAUCCUCCUCCGUACUUGAGCUGCCGGCACUCAGGCACUUCAGUAGCGGCUACGGGAACACGGAAUUGAAAGUCCCAUCCACAUAUUUGAAGUCUGGUCAUUUCAAAUUCCGUGUUCCCGUAGCAUCUAGAUCCGCUGCUGAAGUCACUGUGUGCCGGCUGUUCAAGUCACUACCACCGUAAAUAAAGCCAUAGUGCAUUCUGGUGACGUCAGCACAGGUAGGGCUCCUACACCAAUAAAAACACUAGCUGAUAUAGAUCAGCUGAAAUCAUGAAAUUGAUGUAGGGCUCCUUACCUGUGCUGACGUCACCAGAAUGCACUAUGGCUUUGUUAACGGUGGUAGUAACUUGAGCAGCCGGCACAUUGGGACUCCAGUAGCGGAUCUAGCUGCUACGAGAACACGGAAUUGGAAAUUACCGGACUUCAAAUAUGUGCAUGGGACUUUCAAUUCUGUGUUCCCGUCUCACAGCUAGGGGGCGCUUAGUUGACGCUACUAAAGUCUCUGUUUAGCCAGUUACAAACGCAUCCAUUUUUGUACGUAAGAUUUUUGCCGUUCUAAAGCCGUGUCUACACUAAACAAAUGUUCGGCAAACAUGUUUUUUGAGGAGCUCAGGGACAAACAUUUUAUAAAGUUUGAACAAUCAUUGUUUGUCAAACAAAAAUUACUGUUUUUCCAAACAUUUUCAGUGCUGACAGCUGUAAAA